CACGUGUCCAAAUGCUGGAUGGAAGGACCCUGUAAAUGCCCAUGACCCAGCCUCCCCAGAAACAGAGAGAGAGAGAGAGAGAGAGAGAGAGAGAGAGAGACCGACCCAAGCCUCCUGCCCUGAGACAGCGGGGCCAGCUCUGGAAAGCUCGGCAGCAUGUGGGAACUCCGGUCCAUAGCCUUCUCCAGGGCCGUGUUUGCAGAGUUCCUGGCCACACUCCUCUUCGUCUUCUUUGGCCUGGGCUCGGCCCUCAACUGGCCGCAGGCCCUGCCCUCCGUGCUGCAGAUCGCCAUGGCCUUCGGCUUGGCUAUCGGCACCCUGGUGCAGACGCUGGGCCACGUGAGCGGGGCCCACAUCAACCCUGCGGUGACGGUGGCCUGCCUGGUGGGCUGCCACGUCUCCUUUCUCCGGGCGGCCUUCUACGUGGCUGCCCAGCUGCUGGGGGCCGUGGCAGGAGCCGCUCUGCUGCACGAGAUCACACCCGAAGGCAUCCGAGGGGACCUGGCCAUCAAUGCGCUCAGCAACAACACGACAGGCGGCCAGGCGGUCACGGUGGAGCUCUUCCUGACCCUGCAGCUGGUGCUCUGCAUCUUCGCCUCUACGGAUGAGCGCCGUGGAGACAACCUGGGCACCCCUGCCCUGUCCAUCGGCUUCUCCGUGGCCCUGGGCCACCUCCUUGGGAUCCACUACACCGGCUGCUCCAUGAAUCCUGCCCGCUCCCUGGCUCCCGCUGUUGUCACCGGCAAAUUUGAUGACCACUGGGUAUUCUGGGUGGGGCCCAUCGUGGGGGCUGCCCUGGCUGCCAUCCUCUACUUCUACCUGCUCUUCCCCAACUCCCUGAGCCUGAGUGAGCGUGUGGCCGUCGUCAAAGGCACAUAUGAGCCUGAGGAGGACUGGGAGGAGCAGCGGGAGGAGCGGAAGAAGACCAUGGAGCUGACCGCCCACUGACCUGUGUCAGACAGGGGCAGCCUCUCACCCCUGAAUUGCAGGGGAAACCCUCCCCCACCCCCCAAAAAAAGAACCCAUGACAGCAAAGCUUCCUUCCCCCACAGCGGGUCCUCUGGGCUAGGGAGGGGGGACUCGCUCCCCAGGCUGCAGUUAGAAAUGGGAGCAGGAACCCAUGAUGGGAUUCCUGGGGUGGGGGCCCGGGACUGCGGUCCAUGGGGUGAGGGUCUCUCUGAGACGGGGCAGGCUGCUGCCAUGAGGUCAGACCUCAGAGAUUGUGAACACAGCACUGAGCUCACAGGCCGCCCCAGGCGCAGGGCAGUAAGGAGUGGCCUGUGUUCUUCCUCCCCACCCUCCGGGCCCCUCCUCAAGAGCCAGAGGGUCCCAGCCCCGAGGAUGGCAGAAGCUGACCCUCCCCAGAGCUCCUUCGGAGGGCGAGAGACUGGCUCACUAAAGGCUGCCUUAUUUAUUUCUGCUUCUAGGUGCAUGGGCUAGGGCUGCUGGGAUGUGGAGUGGGGGCUCCCCAAUAAACCACUGAUGUCCA